GCUUUGCAUGCUCCCGCCCACUGAAGCACCAAUCACAACAACCCACCGUCACCUUGACUCAAACCACGGUCCGGAAUCCAGCCCCCGUCUUCCGUUUUUUUAUUCCUCAGCUCUUUAUUUCCUCGUCAAGUCUCCAUUCCUUCCCCCCUCCUUCCCUUUUCAUCCAUCUAUAUAACCCCUCUUUGCCUCCUCCCAUUCCAACCCAAACCCUGGGGAUAGAAUGAGGGGAAUAACGUACUGGUUGGCGGAGCACCCCGCCAUCGUGGGCUUCCGGUGGAGCCACGCCCAGUCCUGGGGCUCCACCUGGUCCUUCCUCUUCUCCGCCAUCGUCCUCUAUCUCUCACUCUCUCUCUUCCUCCACCUCGCCCUCCACCUAGCCGGCCGCCGCCGCCCCGUCCCCCUCGGCCCAUUCCCUGCCCUCCACUCCCUCGCCAUGGCCCUCGCCUCCGCCGCCAUCUUCCUCGGCAUCCUCCUCUCCUCCCUCGCCGAGAUCCGCGACACCCGCUGGUUCUGGCGCCGCACCAAGACCACCCCUUUCCAGUGGCUCCUUUGUUUCCCCCUGGGGACCCGCCCCACCGGCCGAGUUUUCUUCUGGUCGUACGCCUUCUACCUCUCUCGGUUCCUCCACCUCCUCCGGACCUUCUUCGCGAUCCUCCGGCGACGGCCGCGGGCGCUGGGGAGGCUCUUCAGCCACUCGGCGCUGGUGUGCAUGUCCUUCCUCUGGCUCGAGUUCUCGCAGUCGUUCCAGGUGGUGGCGAUCCUCUCGGCGACCCUGGCGCACGUUGUGGUCUUUGGGUACCGGUUCUGGCUCGGGGUGCGGCUGCCGGUGGCCGGCAGGGGCGGCGCCGCCUCGUGCUUCCCGAUGGUGGUGGUGGCGUGCCAGGUGGCGCUGCUGGGGUGCAACCUGGUGUGCCAUCUGGGGGUCCUCCUGCUCCACCUCUCCAAGGGGGGCUGCAACGGGAUCGGUGCGUGGUUGUUCAAUUCGGUGCUCAACGCCGCGCUGCUCGUCCUCUUUGUCGAUUUCCACGUCAAGAGGGCGGUCAGGAGGCGGAAAGGUCUCGCCUUGGACGACGAUUGCGGCAGCGUUUAUUGCCACCAGACUAAUAAUUCCGGAUCUUCCGAGCCUAGUAAAGAGCAAUGAUUACGAGGGAACAAAUAGCUCGGCUCGGAAUUUGACGGAGAGGACCAGGAGGAACGAAUUAGGCUAUCCUUCUCCUUUCUCUUGUUCAUAUACGUUUAGAUGAUGUAUCACCUAUACGAGUUAUUGGCGAAGGAGAGGAUUAUACCAUAUUUUUGGGGAACUGAAGGAAAAGGUGCCCUUUUUUUGUAUAGUAUAUUUCAUAGAGUCAUAAUUUCUUAUACAGAGAGAGGAUAUGUUUUCUUGAAGUUUCGAUAUAUUAGUUUGUAAGUUUUUUUUCCAUCUUCUCUGUUCAUCGAAGUGGUUCAGUAAGAAGCAAACCUUUCUUCAAUCCUCUGAAAAGUGCUUCGUAAGAAUUAAAACCGAA